AUUAAUAAUACGGUCCUUGUUGAUAAAAGUUGUGCAUGAGAACUUGACUCCGAUGACAGUUAGCUUACGGCCAAGUCGCAGGGGGGUCAAAUAAGGCUCCGAUCAAAGUAGUAGAGAAUAUGUACAGGAGAUUUCGUCACCUGUGUCCCCCCUUGUUCCCAACCUUGACUCUUGGAAUAGAAUGCGAUUUUGUGCUGUGAUAUUUCUCGUUACCAUUACAUAGUGAUUACAGCUCAAUACCUAAUUACCAAGUCACUCGCUGUAUUGAGUUUUGUCUUUUCUAUCCAUCUCUACAGAUCAAAGUUACCAGAGCCUGUAUCUCUUGUACGUUCUCUCCGGGAAGAGCAGUUCAACUAAACUCUGCUGGCCUUGGAUCAAUCCGCAGCUGCGCCAACCAUGUCAUCGCCAUCCAGCUUAGAGAAGGGCAGAGACAUGCUGGCCAAGGACACACCUCGCAUACGGAUCACUGAUCCAUUUUGGCAGCCUCGCAUCAAAGGGAUCAUCGGUAAAAUCAUUGCGUUCACAUUCAUCGUGAUCCUGCUAUUGGUGUUGGCCGACAUGUCGUACCUCUCUGGUUCGGCGUUUCAUGAGCGCGAUCGGAUGCAUGCACUCAAAGUCCUUGUCGUUGACAAAGAUGGGGGUGAUGUAGGCCAGGCAUUCAAAGGCGCUUACUCCGUACUCCAAUCCAAGAACUUUGUGUCUUUGGAGUGGACUGACUCGAUAAAUGGGUACGGGCCAGGGAGCCAUGCAGCCACGAGGAAUGCGGUGUGCAAGGGCGAAUACUGGGGGGCGGUCUACAUUGACUCGGGCGCUUCGGAUCGACUAAGCUCUGUCAUCAACGGUACCAGCACUACAAAUACUGGCGCUGAAGCGUUCAAUGCCUCAAAUGCCGUCACGUACGUGUAUAACGCUGUUCGGUGGCCUGCGAUUGCCAGUUUGAUCUCUGCGAAUAUGCAGACGCUUGUCGUUGCCAGUCGAAGUGCCUAUUAUCACACUCCCGGCGGCGCCAGAGCAAUCCAACAGCUUAACAUCAGCAACUCGGCCGCCGUUGCUGCCUAUGUCAACCCUAUAUUAGCGACCCCGGAUAUCAUCCAGCCCACCAACCAGGGCAGCGCCGGGUUCUUCACGACGGUCAACAUGUUGAUCCCGCAGCUUGUGGCUGUAUUUAUCAACAUUAUCCUGAACAUGUCUAUGAUGAUGGAGAACAUCUUCAGGGAUAUGCGGAGACGGGAUAUAUGGCUGAUUCGUUUCGUCACGGGCAAGAUCUACGCCAUCUUCGCCGGUCUCGCCGUCGCGGGUUACAUCUGGGCGUUCAAAGAGGACUGGGAUGUCAACACCGGGCAGUUCUUCGAGACUUGGCUGGUUUACAUUCUCUUUCUCGAUAUCAACUGGCAAGUCUAUGACGUGCUUCUUGGUUCGUGGAUCCCUCUCGCGUGGAUAUCUCUCUUCAUAAUCACCUGGAUCUUGGUGAACUUGGCCAGUGUCGACGUGCCCAUGGAGUUCCAGGCCGGAUGGUACAGGUUUGGGUGGGCUUUCCCGGCGCACAGCACCUGGCUGCUGCUGGUACAAGUAUGGAGUGGCUGUGCCAAUCGUGAAUACCAGGCUCUCCCAAUCUUGUUCGCCUGGUGGGUUUUAGGACAUGCCAUGACGCCGUUCAGUACGCGAAAGAGGUGCGCGGACGCUCGGAAGCUUGAUGCCAACGGAUUUACAACCUCCGAGGGCCCUGCAGAAGUCACUGAAAAAUCUGCAGCCGGGGCGACAGAUUCAGAAGUCCCUCAGCUCCCGGCCCUGGGACUCAAUGAGCUACAACACGCGUAGAACAUGUAUAAUUGGAGUGGUGUCACGAUUCCUGGUAGCAGAGCAAAUCAUUGAGACGCUGUGGGCACGACUCUCGUUAGAUUCAAUGUAAACUUUCAUCAAAUAUAUUUGAUUCGUACA